UUGUCUAGGUUUCACUUCAAGGCGUGCUAUCCUCUCUGUUUCUCUUUUGAAACCCUAAAUCCCACCUUCCCCUUCGUUCUCUCAUACGUAGCCAACUCACUCCCCCUGCUCCGGAUAAUCUCUAGCCAUUCACGCUCUGUUUAUCGCUUUCCCUGUGUCUCAAAUCCUAAUUUUCCUAAGGCUUUAUGCGCUCACAAACGUCAAUAGGCUUGGUGAAUCAUGUUGGGUCGAGGUCUCAACCAUCGCUCCCCUUGUGUAGGCAUUCCCUCAAUUUCAUGGUUUGUCUGCAGCAUAGAAAGAAGAAGAACAACUCGAGCAUGGCACAAACGCUAGCGAUGCCCAUAGCUCCCUCUCUCGCCCUAAUCUCAAACCCUAGACCUCUUUCCAGAGCCAUCUAUUUCCCUGUUCUCAACCCUCCCAAGGUGAGAGAGUUAAGCAUAGAGUGCACUCGAGUUGGCGGAGUAGAGAUUCUGAACAACAAGAGAAUCGAGUUCUCGCUACAGUACAUCCAUGGAGUCGAAAGGAGCAGAGCUCGCAAGAUUCUCUGCGAUAUAAGCAUGGACAACAAGGUCACUAAGGAUCUCAGUGAAGAGGAACUCAUCACUCUUAGAGAUGAAGUCUCCAAAUACGUCAUUGAAGGCGAUUUGAGGAGGUUUAAUGCGCUAAAUAUAAAGAGAUUGAAGGAGAUUCAAUAUUACAGAGGAUAGGUAGAUAGGUACGUUUGCUGAAGAAGGCAAACAAAAUCUCAGUGCUAUGCGAUGUCGAAGUCGCACUCAUCAUCUUUUCUACCAAAGGCAAGCUCUUCGAAUAUUCAAGCGAUCCCUGGUUGGAAUUGUUCAAGUAGCUGCUUCUCAAAGAGUAUUUUUAUAGAAUAUAGAUUGAAUCAAAAUGAAGAAGCAAGAACAGAGUUGAGAGCAGUAGAUGCGUGGAUACUAACUGACAAGCCUUACUCUCAUCAAUCCAUUCAUUCGGGUUCAUGGAAAAGGAUCCUGGGAACAAAUUUUUUUAGUCUGAUUUAUCAGAUUCAUUUAAAGAUCGGUGGUAGUUCUCAAGAGGAAAUCAGCCUAGGGUUCAUGUCACUCUUUCUCUCUUUUAUCUUGGGAAACAACAAGUUAGGUGGGAAUUUUUACGGCGGCCCUGUC